GAUGUUAUAAACAGCGGUCUAGUCUUAAGACUUGGCAAGUAAGCACUCUUUAUUUAAGGUUGCCUGGACACCUGGGAUAGAGUUCUUGGGUUUUAUUUGAGUAUUGUAAAGUCAAAAUAGUCACACAAUAUCCAUGUGUUUACCCACUAGCCUGAGGCCUUGAGAGAUCCAGUAUUAGGGCAGUAAGCAUUUGAGGAAGGAAAAGAUGCAGUAUGCGAUGUGUUCAACCUCAGGAAGUUCAUUGUUUCAUUCAACAAUGAUUAAAUAUUAGGAACUUACCAUACGGAGAUAAGAAAAAAACUUUUUCCUCUGAUUUCUCAUUCAUUCAACUGUUUGCUAUGAUGAAUACACAUAUCUCUUCUUAAUGGAUCUGGGCAACAGAACUCUGGGUCACAUACUUGGUACAAGUUAUAAGGCCAUGGGCAAGACACACAUAAUUGAAUGAAGUCCCAGGUAGAGUACUGGAGUGGUCAAUUUAGAUCCCUCAGAGGUCAGUAUAGGAGAUUCCAUAAGUUCCUAAGUUACCUAAUUUAGUUCUGGCAGGGGUUGGGGGAGGUGGUAGAGAAGAAAAGACUUUCCAAAGGAGGUAGUUCAUGAGCAGACUUCUGAAGAAUGAAUAGAGAUUAGUAAGGCAAAGAAUACUGAGGAGGAUGUAAGGGGGAAUAGGAUAACUUUGUCACAUGUAGAUUCCUUCAUCCUGUGGCGCACUGAAUUGAGAAUAUAAUCAGGCUCUCCUAACACCAGAGCUGGGAACAAGUCUUCUGGGAUUGCAUUCUUACCUAAUUUUAUACAUUAACAGGAAAGCAGUCUCAUCUGUGAUGCUGGGGUCACCCUACAACCAUACAACGGAAGCCCCUUCCACUUUCAUCCUGGUGGGUAUCCCAGGUCUGCAGUCUUCACAUCUCUGGCUGGCUAUCUCACUGAGCGUCAUGUAUAACACAGCCCUGUUAGCAAACACCCUCAUAGUGACUGUCAUCUGGAUGGAUUCCACGCUACAGGAGCCCAUGUACUGCUUCCUGUGCAUUCUGGCUGCAGUGGACAUGGUUAUGGCCUCCUCGGUGGUGCCCAAGAUGGUGAGCAUCUUCUCCUCAGAGGACAACUCCAUCAGCUUUAAUGCUUGUUUCACUCAGAUGUAUUUUGUCCAUGCAGCCACAGCUGUGGAGACAGGGCUGCUGCUGGCCAUGGCUUUUGACCGCUACGUGGCCAUCUGUAAGCCCCUACACUAUAAGAGAAUACUCACACCUCGAGUGAUGCUGGGAAUAAGUGCGACCAUCACCAUCAGAGCGACUACAUCAAUGACUCCACUGAGCUGGAUGGUGAGUCAUCUGCCUUUCUGUGGCUCCAAUGUGGUUCUCCAUUCCUACUGUGAGCACAUCGCUGUGGCCAAGUUGGCUUGUGCCGACCCCAGGCCCAGUAGUCUCUACAGUCUGAUUGGUUCCUCCAUUAUUGUGGGUUCUGAUGUGGUGUUUAUUGCUGCCUCCUAUAUCCUGAUUCUCCAGGCAGUUUUUGCUCUCUCAAAGAAUGCUCAGUUGAAAGCAUUAAGCACAUGUGGCUCCCAUGUAGGGGUUAUGGCUCUGUACUACCUACCUGGGAUGGCAUCCAUCUAUGUGGCCUGGAUGGGGGAGGACAUAGUGCCUUUGAGCACCCAAGUGCUGUUAGCUGACUUGUAUCUGAUUAUCCCUUCAACCUUGAAUCCCAUCAUCUAUGGCCUGAAGACCAAGCAAAUACGAAAUCGAACAUGGAGCUUGCUGACGCACUGCCUCUUUAACCACUCCAACUUGGGUUCAGGAAUUCAGGCCCUUGAGAAAACCAGACAACUUCAAAGAUGCCUUAGAGUUCUGUGGAUCUCAUUUGGUUCACCUGGUAGCAUAGAAAUUUCAAGAUGA